UAAGCGAGCGGCUCAAUUGUUAGGCGACGAGCAUGUGAGUGCUGGGUUGUCGGUUGUUCUCACAGCAGCCAUUCUUCACUCGCAUUGCUUACAAUAAGUCUCUUCUGCUGGUUUUAUUGGAAAAUUACUAAUAACGAAUAGGACCGGACACUGCACCCCCAUUGAAAAAGCGAGUUCGGCCAAACUUAAACAAGAGGGCUCAUUCAGUGAACCCCCCAAUCAAUAGAACACCGAGCCCUGGCGGAAGGACUAUUGGCGAUAGAAGAUGUCAAAGCUUAUCUCCAUCAAUGGAAACACCAAGAAAAUCAAUAGAUAAGAUGGCGUUGGCUGAAUCGAGUGUAUCUGCACCAGAAACUCAUAGCAUAAUGAGCGACGCAUCUUGUCUCGACCAAGAAAAGGCGUCAAUACAUGCAAUGGCAGGAAAACUGAUGAGAUCGGUAGCUACAAAGAAACGAGAGUUUCUUAAGCAAAAGAAAAUGUUAAUUCCACAGCAAAACGUUGUGCUAGAACUCUAUGCUUCGUUGAGGGAGAUGGAGAUGCGUCUGGGGACUAAAGAUGAGACUCUGGGUGAAGUCCGGGUGGUGUCGGUGACGGGUUGGCCUCCGCAUGACCUGCUGCUGUUGAUACGAGAAGACUUGGACCUUCCACUUAAUCCGGAUAUCAACGGCCUUUUUAGUCUACAGAUUUUACAGCAGUUGAAUGCACAAUUGAAUCAAAUUCCUGAAGAGGUGUUAGGAGUGGGUGCAGAGUUGAUGGCGCGACGAAUUGAGCUUCUCAAUGUUAUACGAGCCAAGUACCGUAAUAAUGCAAAAAAUGCUGAAUGGGAUGCUGAAACCGAAAAACUUCACAGAUUACUGGCAGGAAUCGCUGAAAAUUUGAAGUCAAAAGUUAAUUACUGUAUAGACUUGGCUAAGAUCCCUUGGUUAGAUCGCGAGACGAUGAUAAAGAAAAUAGAUCGACUGCAAAAAGAGAAUUUAGUGCUACAGCAUAGACUGGAAGACGUCAACAGAAAAGAGACCACUGAUGGGACUAAAGAUCAUCUUUCUGAAGGACUUAGUUAUCAAAAACUGAACGACGAGUUGACAAAGGAGCGCAAUGCGCGGGAGUCACUGAAGGAGGUGGUCGCGGCCGCCGAAAGCAUGCUGCGUGUGGCGCGCGGGCGCAUUGCCACGUUGGAGCGGCAGCUGAAAGAGACGCGCGCAGACUUGGAGGCAGCGCGCCGCAAGCACAAAGACCUCGAGCAACUCGUAAACAGUCACGCACAUCAAUCCCAGAAGGCAUACCGCCAUCGAGAGACCAGUUACGACGCCCGGUCAAGGAAGUUGAUCGAGAUGUCGAAAACUGGGGAAAUGACGAUCGAGGCUUUGUCUCGCCAGCGUGACGCUCUCGAGCUUAGGGUGAAGGAACUGCGCGAGCAAGGGGACCUGGCGGAGAAGGCGGCGGCGACGCGGGAGGCGGAACAGCGGGCGCGGAUCGACUCUCUGGCGGCCAAGGUGGCUGAGCAGGAAAGAAACAGGUUAGCAGCGGAGAGUCGAAUGCCACAAUAUGAAACUCGUAUAAAGGAAUUAGAAAAUCAGUUACAAAUAUAUCGUGAACGAUCAGCUAAACUAGUUGACAUUGAACGGAAUCGUUGUGUAGAGUUUCUGCCGUCUAUAGAGUCGGAGCCCACUGAUAGAGAAACAGAAAUUUGGACUGAACUCCAAUAUACUAGACAAGCUUUAGCGCGCACUGAAGAUGAGCUUAAGCAAUGUAGAGCUGACAAAGAUAACUUUUUCAAUUCGUUAAAUAAAAUUGCGCAAGGGGAAGUGGACGACUCACUUCAGGAUAAAAUGGCUGCGGAGCUUUUAGAGCGAGAAAAGAAAAUUUCUAAAUUACAGAAUAUAAUUCAACAGCUGAAGGAAAAUGAACAAGUAAUGCAACAAAAUGCAUCUCAUUAUGAAAAACAACUGACAUCUCUUCGGCUCGAGGUCAAACGCUUAAGAAAUUAUAAUUGUUAUUCAAAAGAAAUUCCCUUCCAAGAAUUGCAGACAGAACUAUUGGACUUACACAUGCAAGUGGACUCUCUAUCGCGCGAGCGUAACGCACUAGUGACGGCGGCAGCUUCAAGAGCGCUGAUGUUGGAGAGACACGAGCGGGCUGCCUCGCUGUUCGCCAGAAUCCUAAAGGCUAGGCGGGACCUCAGCUCGCUGGUCGAGGGAAACGCCUCCGAACCAUCGUCGUUAGAUGGCAGUUGUCAUGCAGAGGUGUCUCGAUCGUUGUCAUCAAUGUGUGCAAACGCUGCGGAGACUUGGACAGCUCUGCAGGCCGAGCGAACCCGGGUGCUCCGCCUAGAGAGCGCUGUGCUCGCACAGAGUCUCCAGCUAGAAAGAGAAGACCGCGUGCGCACGCAACUGGAACGCCGCAGAGCAAUCUUAGAGAGGGAGGUCUUGAGAACGCACCACACAUCAUCAGCAGAGCAUUGCUCAUCGAAGAAAAAUUUGAGUUGGCCUUUCUAAAAAAUAUUCAAAUCAAAUACGAAGAACUUAAAUUGUUUACAAUUUCUACGAAGCUGCAUUUACGAACAAGAUGCCCCUUUAGCCGCCUGUUAACGUAACAUGGUUUACAUACUUAAAUGUUUUUCAACUUUUCGUUCAGUCACUAAUACACUAAAGACACAAGAAACGAGUACUUAUUCAUGGUCGGUCGAAAAGUCUCUGCUAUCAAAUGGCGAGCGUUUUGAUAGUUUAUUUUUAAAACAGUUAAUUUUUAAAAUCGUUUUUUUCAGCUAAUCAUCGGUAAUAAGACAAAAUCGUGUAAUGUUAAUAAGCGGCUAAACAAUUACUUCUUUACACUGAUUAAGUUUUGUUAAAUUUUGUAGGUUAAAAAUGUGAAAAUAAGUCCAUGUUUAUUUUUCUC